AUGUCGAAGAAGGGGUUCCAUAAGUCGUCACAGUUUGAAUUAGUACCUGAAUACAUCGAAAAUGAAAUAAUUCAAUUAUACAAGAGCCUUAAUGAUUCAGACCUAUUUUUCAGUGAUUUACCAAAUUUUUUCAAACGACUAGGCAUUGAAGAGAUUUUCAUAAAGGACAUCAUUAACUGUGUAGAAUAUUUCUAUAAUCAAAUCUAUAGUAAGGAUGAUGUUGAUUUGAAUGUAGCAGAGAAUGCAAAACAAUAUAUAACGCUAAAGGCCGUUAAGAGUUUCACCAUAACUCAAUCGAUAGACAACUUGGACGAUAUAAUUGAUGUGAUCGAUGUACAAAAACUAAUAAAGAACAGUGGGAAAUUGAUAAAGCUUAGGGACAACUUUGAGUUGAUAGUAGAUAGCUGGUCAUUGUUUGUUAAGGCCGGAGACCAAAGCAAUAAGAAUAUUGGAAAGGACGAAAUACUAAACUACAGACUAACAUUACCCCAUCUACAGAAAAUUAAGCAAGAAUUAGGUCUCGAAGAGAGCUUGAGUGAUUCUUCACUAAUUGACAUGCUAGGCUCAUGUGCGACGAGUGGUGAUGACAUUGUAAAUUAUGACUGGGAUAAGCUAAAAGAAGGGAAAUACGUGAAUAUCCGAGACUUUGCCGAGAUCAUGGGUCAACUUGGAGAAUUUGAUUAG